AGGAUGAAGCUGCUAAUCGGCAUCCUCCUACUUUUUGCGCUGGUAAUUCAUCAUGAUGUUCUAGCCAUAACUCGGCCAGAUCGCCAUCGUCAUAGAAAGACACAUGAUUAUCCAAAAGGACAUAAUCGAACAAAACACAAUUCCACAAAACCUGCUGACUGUGUUCACAAUUGCAAUCAUUACCCGGGAUUCCCACCGACACCGCCUGGCGUUGACUUGGGAUGCCAUAAUUCAACGACGACUAUGUCGGGUUUAACCCGUUUUUCUCUUAAUUCUCUCCGAUUAGCUCAAAGGGUAAUUCCAGACCUCAAAUCUUUAUUUAAAAAUAUCUUUUGCGCAAGCAAAGAUGACUGACGCACUCUCACGCUGGCGCACUUCUCGAUUCUGGCGCGAAAUCAGUUUUUGUCAUCUUUUUUCGAGGAUUCUUCCUCAUUCUUGGAUUUUGCUCGGACACAGCGUGUUGACUCGUUGUUAGAGCUCCAGUUUCAGUGGUUUUGGCCUGUUGUUGGCUUAUUUUUAUAGUCUUUUAUUGUUUUUCUUGGAUUUCUGGCGCUCUGCCUGUUUCUUUGAAGGUUUCUGGUUUAGUGUUGAUUCUUCUCCAGUUCCUUGGUUUUUGUAUACUUUUCCUCUUUCUCUCAAUAAAUUUAUUUGAGA